GGUCCGGUUCAAAGGUAACAGAGGGACCGGGGGCUCUAUAAAGAUCCAGACGGCCCACGCUGACACUGUGCUCGUUGCAUUUCUUCGGUUCUGACUUGUUUAUCCCACCAGCACACAUCAAAAUGCCCAGCAAGAGGAAGAAGAACAAGCGUCGCAUGAGGAGGGUGCAGGCGCAGAGGAGGGCGCUUGAAGAGCAGCAUGCAGCCAACCCACCAGUCAAAGCAAGCCCUGGGAUCGCAGCGAGUGCGCCUCCUGCAGCAACCGCAAAGAAAGGAGCACCAGUUCCAGUGAAGAUCCCAGAGGCCGUUCCCAUCGCUGUCCCCAUCGUGGAGGCCCCCGUUGUGGAGACGCUAGAAGUAGAACUCAAACCAGUUGUUCAAGAACCCGUCGCAGAGCCCGUCCCAGUCGAGGUAGAGACACCAGAGCCCGAGGCUGUGGUGUUGGAACAGACUCCAGCAGAAGUCGAGGUUGAAGUCGCGGCACCGGUCACUGAAGAAGCGCCGGUCGUUGAGGCUCCACCAGCUGAGAUUGUAGAGGAGGCCGAACCUAUCAUUCCCGAAACAGAACCAGAAACUGAGGUCAUACCCCCAGCUGAGGCUCUUGCUGAGAUUGAGAUUCAGUCAGAGGAGACAGCAGUCACAUCCACAGAGACAGAACAGACACAAAAUGUCUGUGAGCCAGAGACUGAAGUGGAGGCUGAGGCCUUGGCAGAGGAAGACACAGUCAUCGAGGCUGAGGCGGAAGUCGCCAUUACAGAAGAACCAGAGGUAGAGGCAGAGGCGCCUGAAACAGAAGCCGCCGCAGAAGUUGCUGCAGAGGAGACGGUUAUCGAAACAGUGGUGGAGUCUGUGGAGCAGGCUGUCACAGAGGCACCUGAGGCGGAACAGGUGACUGAAGUCAUCCCUGCUGCUCCUGAAGAGGAUGACGCUGAAGUCGAAGUGCUGUCUGAAGAAGAAGCACCUGAAGUUCCCGCUGAGCCAGUUACAAUGACAGAGGAUGCUCCUGUCCAAUCCAUGGAAAUCCCAGAGCUGCCAGUCACCAUCCCCGAGGCUGCGGUCGAAGUGGCUGAAGCCCCCGUAUCCGCAGUGGAAGAGGCCCCUGCCACACAGGCAACCGCUGACAGUCUGGUCGACGACUUCGUCGUCACAGAAUCAGCCUCAGCCGUGGAGGUCGCCAUCGCUGAGUCUGCUGCUGUCGAGCCGGAAAUUGUGGAAGUGACUGACACCCUCGUAAUCCAGUCAGAAUGUUUGGACGUGACACCUGCUGAGCCUGAGCCCGCUCCUGUUCCUGCCCCUGCAGAGGAAAUGAUCAUCGACGCCGCUGCUGAGCAGACAUGUCUUGAUAAACUGUCAGAAGAGCCUAAGCCAGAAAUCUGUGACAUGUCGUGUCAGAUGCAGCUCGCCGUGGAGUCCGUGGAGACGUCGGUAGAGGCGACGCUGAAUGGGCACAUUGUUCCAGAGGUUUCCAUCGAGGGCUAGAUACACGUCUAACAGCUUGGAAGACCUUUUUUGUCUUUAUUCCCCUUUGGUCAAUUGGCGGACUCAAAGCUUUAAAGGGAGUCAACCAGUCGCCGUUUUUUUUAUUUUUCAGGGCUUACGACAGAACCGCCAGGAAAUUGAAGGGACAUCCACACUCUGAAGUGCCUUUCCUGCCCUUGUUCCUGUCAAAAACUCCAAACCAGAUGUCAACAUGCCAAAAACGGCUGCAUUCAAGGCAGCACGACAGACUGUUUGUCAUAAGUGUGCAGAAAUGGAAACUUUGCGGCUCCUUUUUCUGUAUUUCUCCCCGAAAAGCAUGUUCAGUGAAUUUGGAGGCAGAGGUGCUCAAGAGAUGGAGAUGAAGCGAGGUCGACGGCAGUGCCUGAUGAUUCUCUGUAUGUUUCUAUCUCUCCAGAACGUCUGCUUCCACGCUGCAUACACUCAAUGCAUGUGAAUACUGUAGCAUCAGUGCAUGUUGCUAUAGUUUGCACUUGAGCCUAUUUCAUAUGGGUGGGAGGGACAACUUGUUCUGUUGUUUUAUCUGUCUCACAUUUCAAAACCACAGAUUUAGCCCUUUUCACUCUCAAGGAGACACGUGUAUAAACUUUCCCCCCCUUUGCCUUAAUUUCUGUCCCCUUCUCUGUUCUUCUCUCUGCCUCAAUGGAGCCCGGACAGAGUAUAAGGGGACGACUGAAAGGUCAUUUUCCGUUUCCUUCUUUUUUUUUUCUCACUUUCUCCUUUUUUAAUUCAUUUUGUAUAGACUGUAUGAUGUGCUACAGUUUUGUGUUCAAAGUUGGUGCUCUGGAAGGGGACAUGUAAUGUGAUCUGGUUGUGUGGAUCACUGUUUGGCUGAUCGAUCCACCUUUGAAAUAAAGCUGUAACUCAUCGUGAUAAA